CCACGGAAACGUGCAAACCAUACCACUGAGAUUUUUCGAUAGUCACUCUUGCACUACGCAAUAGCUAUUAAAUCAACCAUUCUACACUAACCGCCACAAAACCGGAAAAUGGCAACUACAACCAUGCAUUUUGGCCCCGAGUGGAUGCGCGCGAAGCCACAAACUCCUGCUCGCCCACAGGCACCUCCUUCUCCACCACCUCCGGCAAUAUCUAAUAUACAGCAACCAAACGCGUCAACUUAUUCUGCACUCGUUACACCUGCCGCCGCCCCAGAGCCUGAGAAACGCGAUGAAUGCCGUCCUUUCAGAUAUUCAAAGGAUGCAAUGCUCAGAAUCUACAAAGAGGGUGGCGGGAGAGGUGGUCUGGGAUUAGAGGUGGAAAGAUGGGAGGGCAUUGUACAUGAGGUCAGCAGUGAACCCACAGGGUUGCGCGAAAUGGGUGACGCAGAAAAGAAGCUUUUUGCUGGGCCACUUAAUUCCGAGCUUCGGCGGCGCCAGUCUACCGACCUUAUAAGCACGCUAUCAUCUCCAUCUGAUAGACCCAGGUUGAACCAUUCCAAUACCGGAGGAGGGAGUCCUAUGAGAGGGUUUGGUCUCAUGGGAAGGAGAAGAGACAGCACAGAUCAACCGCCACUUGCACUGCCUCGUAAAUUGUCUGUGUCUAAUACACAAGCCAACUCUCCACGCGACGGAGCACUUCCCUCCCCUCGCACCCGAAUAGGUGGCUUUGCUUCAGGAUUCGACGGUGUGCUUAACGGUGGAGAUUCUUGGAUGGCUAGACGACGAACAUCGGAGAGCAUGCUGAAAGCUGGGGGAGCUUCUACGGGAACCCGUCCGGAAGGUCGAGAAGAGGAUGUGAAAGGACAUAACAUCAAAGAAGUGGAGGAAGAACACCCAAGUGUCGCACAAAACACUGCGCUUCAGCCUGACGCUUCUGGCACUUCUCAGCGAUUAUCACCAAUCCCUGAUGUCCUGCCUCCCGACACAACACGCAACAGUCCGAGCCAGCGAUCUGCGCUAAGUGCGGAUUCGGUAGCCCAUCGUAUGACUGGAAUGACUCUUGGCGAAAAUGAGCGGAACUUUCAUCUCAACCCAGUGGCUGACAGUCUGACGGGUCCACCACCGGGUUUGGAUCCAGCCAGCAUUGAGUGGUCAUACCUGGAUCCUCAAGGCCACGUGCAGGGUCCUUUUAAAGCUGAUUUAAUGCAGAAAUGGUUUGAUGAGGGCUAUUUCACUCCUGACCUCCUGAUGAAGCGUACUCAUAUUGAUCGAGAAUGGACUGCGGUUGGGAUUCUCGACCGCCAGGCCGCUGGCGGGAAAAUAUUUCUUUCGCAAUUCCCAAUGGCCACCGGACCUCCUGGUCUCAGUAUUCGCACCGAUUCCCCCCAGAAUUACUCCCCUGCUGCGCAGAAUUACUCCCCAGCUCAUGAGCAUAAUACAUUCAGUGGCUUCCAGCCUGUACCAUCCCGGACUCUCCGUACUGCAACAUUGGACCCAUACCUUAAUAGUGCUUCUCCUUCAGAUUCUCCCCCCUCGUCUUUUGGUGGCGGCAGGUUUGGCAACGGCUCUCCCGAUCCUUCUGCAUUGGCGGGGAGAGUCGGAAGCCUUUACACUGGUGACUCGGGACUUGGCUCUCACAGUUUUACUGGAAAUCCAGGUCCGUUUGGUCCAGUUGGCGACCCCCGCUCGUCGCUCAACAUGGUGCCCGGCAGAACCUCGUCAUUGGACACAUUCGGCGUCUAUAAGAACAACAGUAACUCUCAAUGGCCACCAUCUAUGACCCAAAAUUUGCAGCAUUUUGGCAGCAGCGAGCAUUCCCUUGCGACUGGUUUCAACAAUGGCAUCGGCUCGGGCAUGAUGCCUGUGCCAGUGCCAAUUGCGCAGAGUCACUCUUUCACACAGGAACCCUCGUACGGCGAUGGGACUUACAACGCCAUGGGCAGUCUCGGCGCCUCGCACGACUCACCCAUCGCACGGCACCCCGUCGAGGCGAACGGUAUAGGCUUCAACAACCUAAACAACCUAGGGAUGAACGGCUCACCUUAUACGCAGCACUUCCCCCAGUCCCCUGUCGUACCGCAGCAGCGCUCGUCUACCUCGCCGUUCGGUGAAGUUCUCACGAAGGUCGCUGAGCCGCCUGUCGUGCUGACACCAGUGUCUGCUGUGCAGCCUGAGAAUGUGACAUCACCAUGGGGCGCACCCGAGCCUACUACUGUACGCCGCCCAGUGGCUGAGAUUCCUACCCCGUCCCCAGUUGCCCAGGCACCUCCAGCGGCCUGGAGUCAACCCCCGCAACCUACCCGUACUGCUUCCAAGUCGAAAGACCCUUCGCCAUGGCUGACAGCCUCCCUAGGCGUCGUGGAUGAUGGAUGGCGCGAGGUUCCUGGCCCAAACAGCCUCACUGUGAGCAACCUCGGGCAGCACAAUAAGAUGUACGAGGAGGUGGAUGAGGAUGACAACAUUGCUGUAUCGGCUAUUGGAGAUGAGGAGGAGGAAGCUGCUACUGCACCCGUUCCCGUACCCAUAUCAGAGAAACCUCAGCCAGCGUCUGUGGCCCCGGCCUCCGCAAUGGCUGCUCCACACAUUGAGCCCCCAACAUUUACAGCGCCCAAGGCCAAAGUCAAAUCCACCGUCCGUGAGGCCCAAGCCCAAACCCAAGCACCUACCCCGGUCUCAGUACCGAAAUCUACACCUCCCGCACCCACACCUGCCCUGAAGAGCCCAUCUCCCGUCCCGAAGCCUGCGUGGGCGACUGAAGACGAUGCGAAAAAGGGCAAGAGCUCGCUUGGUCUGCGCGAGAUCCAGGAGGCAGAGGCAAAGAAGGCAGAUGCGCGCAAGGCUGCAGAACGCGAACGCCUUGCACGUGCCAAUGUGCCACCCCCACCUGUCGUCGUCGAGGAUGCACAACCGUUCACCGCAUCGUGGGGACUUCCAACGUCUCAAGCGGGUGUACGAGCUACUGUGACGCCAAGAGGUGGAGAAGUUGCGGGAACGCCUGCGGCGAGUGCUCCGGUGUGGACGUCAACGAGUACGGCGCCUGCCAAGAAGACGAUGAAGGAGAUCCAGGAGGAAGAGGAGCGUCGGAAGAAGAUGGGAGUGAAGGAUUCGAUGGCUGCGACAGCUGCAAGGCGCGGGUAUGCAGAGACUACAUUCAAGGUGGUUCCCAGUGCCCAGGUUAGUGGUGGGGCAUGGACGACUGUUGGCGCAAAUGGCAAGACAAAUGCACCUGUACCUGUACCUGCACCUGCACCUGCGUCUGCACCGGUGCCUGCUCGUCCAGCUGUCGCUCUAUCCGUAUCUACACAAGCGGCGCCUACGCCUCGCCCUAAUGGUACAGCCGUCCGCCCGACUGCACAGACUGUCCCAAAGGCUGCUGUUGCUACCUCAUCACGCGUAGACGACACUCCCGCCAUGUCUACACACGAUUUCCUCAAGUGGCUGAGUGAUUCGCUGAAAGGGCUCAAUAAUUCCGUGAACCUGGAAGACAUCACGCAGAUGCUCCUCUCAUUUCCUCUCGACCCAGACCCAUCUACAUCAGAGAUAAUUUCCGACCUGAUCUAUGCGAAUAGUACAACACUUGAUGGGCGGCGGUUCGCGGCAGAGUUUAUUAAGCGCCGCCGGGCCAGUGGUACGGCCGGUCCAGGACCGAAUGGGAAAGUGGUGUCGAUCGCAGACGUGGUGAAGACGACGCCACGGACUGCUCAGCCCGAAUGGGGCUUCAAAGUUGUGAAUAAGAAGAAGAAGGGGAGGGCGUGAGUGGGAGUAGGAGUAGGAGAGGGAUGAUGGAGGUUGUUUUACGUGUUGUCUGCCUACGCACAUGCAUACUCAUAAGCAUACUGAGACGCUCAUUCACUUGUUUUAUCUCAUCUCAUGAAUAAUCUUGUGUUGUCGAUCGAGUCCUAGCUUUGCAUUAAUGCAAUGCUGUUUUGGAUGAUUGUAUGUCCCGUGCUUGACUUUCGAGCAAUGC